AUGUUCUCCUCUCCACGACGAUGGAUUUUCAUCGUCUCUCCACUCAUUACCCUCAGCCUGAUCUAUUACCUCUACCUCAACCCCCACGGCCACUCGGGCGCAGUCAAUAAUGCCGAACAUACCAUUCACGCCGAGCAAGGCCAUAUCAUUAUCGAAGAGCCAAAUGCUACUCCGCCCAGUGACUCCGCCCCGAAGACACCCAAACCUAGUAAGCAGGAGCUGGAGGAGCACCAGUGUGGGCACAUUCGCCGGGACAUGGAUGAUGUCUUUGUUGUUUUGAAGACGGGCGCCACCGAGUCUCAAGCAAAGGUCCCCGUGCAGAUCCGCACCACCCUCCAAUGUGUCCCCAAUUACGCCAUCUUCUCCGACUACGAAGAAACCAUCAGCGGCGUGCCAACCUACGAUGUCCUCAGCAACGUGACCGAAGCAACUAUGAACAGCGAGCCCGACAGGUGGGCCGGGAAGGGCCUGACUGAUGAAGAAUGGGGCGACCACGAGAACGGCCCCUUCGGAAAGACCAACAACCCUGGAUGGAAGCUGGACAAGUGGAAAUUCUUGCCCAUGAUCGACGGCGCAUUGGAGGCGAUGCCGGAUGCUAAGUGGUACAUCUUUAUCGAGGCCGAUACCUACGUCGUGUGGCCCAACUUGAUCAACUGGCUAGCACACCUGGACCACACCCGGAGCUAUUACAUCGGAAGCCCCAUGCAAAUCGGCGAUAUCCUAUUUGCCUACGGAGGCUCCGGCGUCAUCCUCUCCAGACCGGCAAUGGAGCGUCUCCAAACCUACCGCUCCGAACACCAAGCCGAGCUGGAGAAGAUGACCGCCGACGAGUGGGCCGGAGACUGCGUCCUCGCGCGAGCCUUUGACCAAAUCAAAAUCCCUCUCACCUGGGCUUGGCCCAUGAUGCUGACCACUCGACCCUGGGAGAUCGACCAUUUCUCCGAGGGCUACGACAUCGAGGAAAUGUGGCGAUUUGACCGGUCCUGGUUCCGAAGCGGCAAGAAUGCCCUCCUCCUCCACGCCGACGUUUACCGCGAUCUCAUCCAUAACGGGACUCUCGCCGGUCGCGAUGAUUGGGACAACAUGUCACCGACAGAUAUCAUUUUCGACGAACCCACCAAACCAUCCCUGGAAAGCUGUCAUCAAGCCUGCACGCAAAACAAGGACUGUCUGCAGUAUAGCUGGAAUCAGAAAGAGAAUACCUGCAAGCACGCCUCUACGACCUUCCACGGCGCAGCGAGCAACGGCACGUACUCCGGCUGGAUGACCCACCGUGUGCAGAAACUGCUGCGAACUUUCCAAUCGUCUUGUCCUCAGGUCGAAUACAUUUUUGACUGA